AUGCUUACUGAGCGUUCCACUAUGCUUGAUUUGGUUCGCCAACAUCUUCUCCGAGCUCAACAACGCAUGAAGCUGUAUGCUGACAAGCACCGUUCCGAGCGAUCCUUCAACAUCGGCGACAUGAUCUUCCUCAAGCUCCAGCCCUACGUCCAGGCGUCGCUUGCUCCUCGUGCCCAUCAGAAGCUCUCUUUCCGUUAUUUUGGACCAUACAAGGUGCUGGAGAAGAUUGGAGCUGUCGCCUACAAGCUCCAAUCUUCUCCAAAAGGAGCCCGUGGCCUCUGUAUGCGUUGUGGCAAGAAAUGGCACCAAGGUCACAAAUGCUCUCCGGCUAUCCAGUUGCACGCAUUACAGGAGGUGUGGAAUCUUUGUGAAGAGCUGUUCAUCAUGGCAUUCGAUGCAAGCUCUCCGAAGAUCAAUGCUGCGGCGUGA